UCUAUGCCGGGUAGUUUCAAUGUUCCCCGCAGGUGCCUGUCACGUGAUGGCGCUUGCGGGGAGCAAUCUCACCUCCGCGGCAUUGUCACUUCCAUCCAACCACACCCACACAAACCCACUUCAAUAGGUUCUUAAGCGGCCUCCGUUCCGAUCGCAGAACAUCUUUUAGACUCCAUAUCUUGCAGUGUACCCAGCGCAAUGGAGGAGAGUACGCGACCGACGGUAGACAGUGCAGACAGCAACGCCCUUGAUGAACUGGAUGCUUCGAUCGACGCCGACAUCAGACCAGACGCGUCGCAACCAGACGCUAUGAAUUUGGACGGCGGAAAUGACGUUGGACCUUCUGCACCGAACGGAAUUGCGGACGCCGAGCCUUCACUUGAGGCUCGCAUACAGGUCAAGAAGGACGCUACGUUGCGAGAGUUCCUAGGGAAGAUGGAUGAUUACGCUCCCAUUAUACCUGAUGCUGUCACCAACUAUUACUUGACCCUUGCCGGCCUCCCACCGCCGCCGCAGACUUCACCACAUCUCGCCCGCCUACUGGCUCUCGCAACCCAGAAGUUCAUCGCCGACAUUGCCACAGAUGCUUACCAGUUCUCCCGCAUACGGUCGUCCAACUCAACAAGUAACAAUCCGUUAGGAGGACUGGGGGGAGCAGGUGGUGUGGGUGGUCCACAGGCUGCCGCAGGUGGUGCUGGUGGAGCGCAGGGAGGCAAGGAUAGCGGCGCGUCCAAGGGCAUGAACCUUGGUGUCCAGCGACCAGGCUACGGUGGUGGUGGACAAGGUGGCAGCCAAGGCCGCACUGUGUUGACAAUGGAAGAUUUGGGUAUGGCUGUUGGGGAAUAUGGAGUUAACGUCAGGAGGGGAGAGUUCUACCGGUGAUUCCCUCAUGCACGAUCAUCUCAUUGCUUAUAAUCGGCGUUGCGCAGGCGGGGUAUAGAGGCGUUUCUGGAUCGGCAUCAGCGUCGCCCGGCUUCAUGCUUCAGGAGCCCGGUAGGAAUUUCGGUCACAGGUCUGGGUUGUGGAGUGGUAUUCCUCUGAAAAGAGCGCUCGUAUUUCAUUUUACAGAAGCUACAGGUACAGAGACCUCCCAAAUGAUACCCAAACUCCUUUGAUGCACAUGGCCCAACAGCUACUUGUUCUUCGUCUGUUUAUAUGUGAAGUUCUUCCGCGUCCUAUUAGCAGAGUCAAUAUCGCUGCUCAAUACUA